GCUUAGGCGCGAAGCGGAAGAAAGAAAUGAGAGGCGCGAAGCGGAAGAAAGAAAUGAGAGGCUUAGGCGCGAAUCGGAAGAAAGAAAUGAGAGGCGCGAAGCGGAAGAAAGAAAUGAGAGGCGCGAAGCGGAAGAAAGAAAAGAAAGGCGCGAAGCGCAAGAAAGGGAGCUUGAGAUGAAGCGCCUUGAAGUCGAGCUGCUCAAGGCUCAAAGUAAUAGUGGAGGUAGCGAAGCGUCUAGCGGAGUAGAACGGAAGUCGUUCAGGAUGAAAGACCUAAUGCAACCCUACCGCUCCGGAGAGGACAUGGGUCUGUUUUUGGUAAACUUCGAGCGCACGUGCGAGAAGGCGGGUGUUACCAAAACGAUGUGGCCGCAGUGCUUGCUUACCUUACUACCGUGUGAGGCUGCCGAUGUAAUUGCCCGCUUGACAAAAGAGGAAGCAGAUGAUUACGACCAGGUUAAGUCGAGCCUGCUUAAGAGGUAUAGAUUGUCAGCGGAAGCAUUCAGGCAGAAGUUCCGGAACGCCGUAAAGCAGAAAGACGAGUCGUAUGCUGACUUCGCAUACAAGUUAAUGUCUAACAUGAGGGAGUGGCUCAAAGAGGCUAAGGCGUUCGAGGAUAAAGAGAAGAUUGUGGAGUGCUUCGGACUCGAGCAGUUUUACCGUCGUUUGCCCCAAGACGUUAGGCUCUGGGUGCAAGACAGGGAGGACGUAACCACUGUCUCGAAGGCCGCGGAGCUUGCGGAAGAGUUCGUCUCGCGCCGUGCGCUUGAUAGAAAGGAGAUUCCCCAGCGGGAGGGCCAGAUCAAAAAGGCAACUGGGUGGAAGGGACAUUCAGUCCAAGAUAACCGAGAGAGCAACGCUGAACCCGUAGAGAAGGGGGAGGCAGUGAAAGAAGCCGAUCUGGCUCAGGAAAAGCACCAAAAGAGGGCUUUUGAAAAGAGGCGUCCGCUUGUGUGCUACAAUUGCCACAAGCCGGGUCAUAUGGCGGCGUACUGCGAGAAUCCAAAGGUUGCUUGCCUGUCAGUUGACAGCGGGAAGGAAAGCACGCAACUUUUGGAGCCAUAUAUUCGAGAACUCAGAGCUAUGUCCGACUCCUCCAGGAUGUCACUGAUGGCUAAUACAACGUCUCAGUGA